AUGCCCGUAUCCUCCACGCCUUACCCCAUACUCUCGCGAUUCAUCUGUGCCGUCGUGCAGACAACAGGGAUGCCACCACAGCCGCUGGACGCGGAAGCAGCCCCUCAGCACAGCCGUGACGAUACACAAGCACAAGCGCCGAAGAAGUUUCCCAAAGGUGUAGUUCUAGGCGCAGAUGGGAAACCAUGUCGCUCAUGUACCUCCGUCGCCUCGUGGGCUGCUAUGAUAAAGCAGCAGACCAAAAAUCCCUCCACGAUUGCGAAGUCCACUCCGCCCGCCAUCUCGACGUCGUCGAUUGAGCCUCCUGGCGGCUGCCCCCCGGAUGUCGAACAGCUCGGACGAUCGUCGUGGACACUACUGCAUUCUAUCACCGCCACAUACCCUGUCCGGCCGUCACAGGAAUUGCAGCAUGAGACAGCGAAGUUCCUAUCCACAUUCUCAAAAUUAUACCCGUGCUGGACCUGUGCGGAGGACUUCCAGCGCUGGCUGGCAGUAGACACCAACGCGCCGCGAGUAAGCUCUCGAGACGAGUUCGGCCGCUGGAUGUGCGAAGCGCAUAAUGAAGUUAAUGUCAAACUUGGCAAAGAGAAGUUUGAUUGCAAUAGAUGGGAGGAGCGAUGGCGGACUGGCUGGAAGGACGGUAGCUGCGACUGA